AUAACAUCAAGUCAAAUGACAAGUUGUAGUUUGACAUAAAAGUACACAUGUUUCUCUUGUGUUAGUUUAAUAAUUAUAAAAUGACUCCGGAGCCUGAUAAUGGUGUCCGAAGUAGUGAGGAGGAUAGCGAGCAGUCAGAGAAUGAGGCAGUCGAAGAACAAGUAACAGAAGAAGCAAACGAUGAAACUGAAGAAGACAAUACGACGUUUAAAGACUUGGGAGUUGUAGACGUAUUAUGUGAAGCCUGUGAAGAAUUAAAAUGGAAGAAACCGUCAAAAAUACAGAAGGAAUCAAUACCAGUGGCUUUACAAGGCAAAGACAUAAUAGGUUUGGCAGAGACUGGGUCUGGGAAAACUGGAGCCUUUGCAUUGCCGAUCCUACAAGCACUGCUGGAGAACCCACAGAGAUACUUCGCGUUGAUACUAACACCCACUAGAGAGUUAGCAUUCCAGAUUUCCGAACAGUUUGAGGCUUUGGGAGCAAGCAUUGGAGUAAAAUGUGCAGUAAUAGUAGGAGGUAUGGACAUGGUGGCGCAGUCCCUCAUGCUCUCCAAGAAGCCGCAUAUCAUCAUUGCGACUCCCGGAAGACUGGUUGACCAUCUGGAGAACACUAAAGGAUUCAAUCUGAAAGCUCUGAAGUUCUUGGUAAUGGACGAAGCUGAUCGCAUCCUCAACAUGGAUUUCGAGGUAGAAGUCGACAAAAUCCUCCGCGUCAUACCCCGCGAGCGCCGCACCUACCUGUUCUCAGCCACCAUGACCAAGAAGGUGCAGAAGCUGCAGCGGGCCUCCUUGCAGGACCCUGUCAAGGUUGAAGUGUCCACCAAGUACCAGACCGUUGAGAAACUGCUGCAGUACUACUUGUUUAUACCUGUUAAAUAUAAGGACGUAUACCUAGUCCAUAUUCUAAACGAGAUGUCGGGCAACUCGUUCAUAGUGUUCGUGGCGACCUGCGCGGGCGCACUGCGGACGGCGCUGCUGCUGCGUAACCUUGGGCUGGCCGCCGUGCCGCUACACGGACAGAUGUCGCAGAACAAACGACUCGCCGCACUCAACAAGUUUAAGAAUAAGAGCAGAUCUGUACUUAUAUGUACGGAUGUUGCUUCAAGAGGUCUGGAUAUUCCUCACGUGGACGUGGUGAUCAACCUGGACAUCCCGCUGCACAGCAAGGACUACAUCCACCGCGUCGGCCGCACGGCGCGUGCCGGACGCGCUGGGAAAGCCAUCACUUUUGUAUCGCAGUAUGACGUGGAGUUGUACCAGCGCAUCGAGCAGCUAAUCGGGAAGCAGCUGCCACUGUACAAGACGGAGGAGAGCGAGGUCAUGGUGUUGCAGGAGCGCGUGUCCGAGGCGCAGCGACUCACUAAGAUUGAAAUGAAAGAGCUGGAAGACAAAAAGAGUGGUAAAGGCAAGAAGCGCGGCGCGGACUCUGACGAUGACACGGAGGAGGCGGCCGGCGUCCGGCGCAGGAUUAAGGGCAAGCCCGGCAAGCACGGCAAGCAUGGCGGCAAGAGGAAACGGUGAACAAUAAAUAACUGCUCAAAAAA